GGCUGAUGGGGACCCCGGCUGUUCUCAGAGCUCGGUAGCUGAGAGAGGAGAGGAGGAAGAGGAGGAAGAAGAAGAAGAAAAGGAGGAAGGAGAGGAGGAGGAAGAGGAGGAAGAAGAGAAGGAGGAAGGAGAAGAAAAGGGGGCGAGGGUCUCCUCUUCUUUGACCCGGGAGAUUGCCAGCGCCCCCCAGCCCCUCCGGAUGGGGCAGGCAUGGCCGCGUUAGCCAGCUCCUUGAUCCGGCAGAAACGGGAGAUCCGCGAUCCCGUCGCCAGCCGCCCGGUCUCGACCCAGCGGAAGGUCUGUCCGCGAGGGACCAAAUCCUUAUGCCAGAAACAGCUUUUAAUCCUAAUCUCCAAAGUCCGGCUGUGCGGGGGCAGAAAAGGCCGGCUGGAGAAACCCCCAG